CAGCAGUUCAACGGUUGCACAGCUGAACUCCCAGGGCCAAAUAAUAUGGGAGGACUUUCAAUUGCUGGACAGAGGCUGAGGAGCUGAUGCGGCCAGGUGCGGCGCCAGUUCUGCACGUGGCGAGUUCGGGAGGAGUCUGGAAGAAGGGGACCUAGGAUCAGUUCUAGAUGGCCCGUUCUUCACACAUCCUCCUUCAAGGAUCGGGGCGGUUGCAUUGAUUUUGGCAACGCAAAAGCAUUCUGAAUCCGGCAGCAGGGAAAUAUGCAGUGGCAGCAUGGGGCCGCGGGCGACUUCAAUCCUGCAUCCUAAGUCUCACUAAGAAUUCAAUUUUGCAUCAUCAGCUCUCAAGUCGAAGCUGGUUGAUCAGAAGGGUUUGAUUCGGCUUUCAGAGCACAAAAAGGCAUGUGACCAAGCUUUUGCAAGUCACCAGCCUAGGAUGGAUGUUGAAAUGAGCAGCAUGGAUGCGGCCUUUGGGAGAGUGGCCCUGAUGAUCCCAGGGGGAUUUCCAAUCUGGCAGAUAAGCACUAUUGCGGGGAUCUUGACCUUUAUGUACAUAGCCAGGGUUAUGCAGCUAACCCUCGCAGUGCGGAGCCAGAUGCGGCCUUGGACCGUGAAGUGGGUUAAGCAGGGUUUGUGGGUGGUCUUGGGAGCUCAGAAAAUCCAGCAUCCCCUGCUGAGCCAGCUCAUCUCCUUCUGCUCCCUCUGCGUGUCCAUCGAGUUCUACGCCACGUUUCUGCCUCUUCUAUUCUGGGCAAACUACUCAUACCUCGCACGCCAGCUCGCCCUGCUGAUGGCCGUCUGCCUGUACAUUGGCAAUGCACUCAAGGACGUUGUGUGUGCACCCCGGCCGCCGUCCCCCCCCGUCGUUCGGAUCCGGAACAACGACAACGACAAGACCAACGCCCAGGAGUAUGGGCUGCCUUCCACGCACACAAUCAAUACGCUUGCAUUGCUUGGAUACAUUGUGCACUACUUCGUGCAAGAAGGCCAGAUUGAGAUCACGUCUCUCUGGGGCGCGGUUGGGGGGGUCCUUCUGCUCGGCUUGUUCAUUAUGUAUGGCCGGCUCUACCAGGGGAUGCACUCUCCUGUGGACAUGUAUGUGGGCGCCAUCAUUGCGGCUGUAGCGCUCGUGCUCUGGUGUCAGGUGGACCGCUUCGUUGACAGCUGGGUCACUGGGGGAACCAACGUGAUCUCCUUCCAGAUUGUGCUGGCGGUUCUCUUCAACUGCCUGUACCCGGUGCCAGAGACGCCCACUCCUAGUUACGACUACCACGUGUCCUUCAACGGGGUUGCUCUGGGCGUGAUCGUCGGCGUCCAUAGAACCUUCGCCCAGUUUCACAAUGGGCUGGCGGCCCCUCUGCCGAUAUUCACGAGACCGGGUGCCAUCGCGAUUGCCAAGCGGUUGCUGAUUGGCUUGCCGGCGAUCCUCUUCGCCAAGGAAGGCAGCAAGGCGUUCUUGAAGGCGACCCUACCGGCUGUGACCCGCGCUCUCGGCAUCCCAAUCAGAGGCUGCAGUGCUCUCCCGGUUGACAAGGAGUCCCCCACGAGAGUCGCCGAGUUUCCAAGUCUACCCGCCUCUCCCUCGAACACUUCGUCGCUACACAAAAGGCAGCCUUGGGGGCAAGAAGCGGAUCGAGGUCUGGGUUGGCCUCAGACGAACGGGGCCAACUCCGAGCGGAAACAAACAUCGGAAGCAAGUUGGGAUAGUACGGCUAAGUUAGGACAGGAAAAGGAUUCGAAGCACUGGGUCGAGGACGAGGGGUUCAAUCUCGACACGACAAUCAGGUUAAUAUCUUAUGCUAGCGUAGCAUGGACGGUUACGGAAGGCAUGCCGUAUGUAUUCCAGUUUCUGUCGCUCUAGUUCGUAUGCAAAUGUUGCAGCAAGUGGAGGUAUGUAGGUGUUUGCGUAAACUGAGGUUGAAGCACAAGUGGACUGCAGUGCUUAUUCAAGCUUAGCAACACUUUCCGCAUUUAGAUUGGCUUCAUUUGUUCCUAGUGACGCAGAAUAGGUCGGGCUUCUGUGACAAGGAGGCACAACUGUACCAUAAUUGAUCAUACACAUUGUGACGGCAAGCAGCUUUCAGGAUAUCGGAUGCUUUUGUUUCGCACUAUUUUCACCUUAUAAUAAGGGAUACUAUAGCUUUCAGUGAUUCC